GAUCGCACCGGAUCCACAAUGGCCGCCUGCAUGUAACACCGAGGAGAAAUCGUCGACUCGCAAAGUCGUCAUGUUUCACGUUGUCAGAAGUCCGGCUCCGCUGUUUCGACUGCUCUCCCCGCGGGGAGGCGUGCUGGUGGAGGCGGUGCGGGGCAGGAAGAGUCGGAACGACCCCAAGGCCAAGUCGAAAGCGGACAGAGUGAAGCUCCCGCCGCGCAUAGACCCGGAGGAGAUGGUGGUUCUCAAGGAGAGAUACGAGCAGUACGACCUCGUCGUGCGCGCGCUCAGAGCGGAGUUUAAGCAGGAGAUCGUGCGGCGGCGCUACGAGAACGAGGUGGGCUCGCGCGCCGAGGAGCGCGCUAAGCGCGAGGCGGAGGAGCACCGCGCGCUCAUGGAGUGGAACGACCGCGAGAACCUCCGACUGCGGCAGCUGCGGGUCAUACGGAUUCAGAAGCAGGUGGAAGAGGAGGCCAAGAAGCGGGCGGAGGUGGUCAGCCUGCGAGAAGAGAAAAGACAAAGUGUUCUGAGAGAAAAAGAGAAAGAGAUAUUGCAGCUACAGGAGGAAGUUAAGACAUUCAUCACCACAGAGAAUUUGGAGCAACGCAUCGAAGAAGCUCUGGACAAUCCCAAGAACUACAACUUUGCCAUCGACAAGGAGGGCAGGAUUGUGAAACGAACUGCACUGCCUUGAGUCACAGCUGGACUUCCAGCACACAGUUGCUUUAGUUCAUCCAUACCAGAAUCAAGAGUCCCCAAGGACAGAAACCACACUUUCUUUUCCCUUUCAUGAAUGUUCUCUUGAAAGAAGUUUUGCUUUAGCAGGCAAAUGUUAUACACGGACGUGAGAUGGAGUGUUCGUUACUUUACAUGUUUAGAUUAUCACGAAACAUCACUUUCUGUUUUCUCUGUGUAAUUGUUUUUGUACUAUUACACAGAAAUGGCUUGUAUGUUUCCUGUAAGCUGAAAGGUUGCAAAUUCUCCAUGUGUGGGAAAUUACUCUAAGAAUUACUGCUAUGGGUUCAUACAUGUAAAGUAUCACGUUAACUUCAGUUAAUUACAUUAGUGUUUUAAUAUGAAAACAAUUUGUGUAUUUGCAUUUGUGUAUUGACUGCUGUGUGUUGUCAAUUGCUGUGAUUUUCUUAUUUCAUGGAAGGGGUCAAAAUGACAUACUUUUCAUUUGCACUUCAGGAUCUAAAGAGUAAGGGGGGACGCGGCAGCACAGCAGGUUUGGCCGGGGCCUGCUCUCUGGCAGGUCCGGGGUUUGA